UCAUUAAUCUUCACUCUCUCCUUCCACUAAUCUCUGCAAAUUUCUCAGCAAACUUUCGGUUAUUCGUACAAACGAAGAGAAGCAGAUUUAUUCUAUACUCGAUAAGUACAAAUUGUACGAGGCUGAAAGAUGUUGCAAGAGAUAUGGAAUGGACCUCCUGGUUUUCGACCCACAAAAUCUGCUCCGUCUUCACCAGCAAAACCACUCGGAAUUUCCAAGAUUCGUUCCGAAUCGUUUCAUGUUAUUCCUAAAGUACCUGUUGGUGAUACCCCUUAUGUCAGAGCCAAAAAUGUCCAAUUGGUAGAAAAGGAUCCAGAAAGGGCAAUUCCGUUGUUUUGGGCAGCGAUAAAUGCAGGAGAUAGAGUGGACAGUGCUCUCAAAGAUAUGGCAAUUGUAAUGAAGCAAACAAAUAGAGCAGAAGAAGCCAUCGAAGCAAUUAAAUCGUUGAGAAGUCGAUGUUCUGAUCAAGCACAAGAAGCACUUGAUAAUAUCCUACUAGACCUAUACAAGAGAUGUGGGAGAUUGGAUGAUCAAACAAACUUGUUGAGGCACAAGUUGUACUUGAUCCAACAAGGUUUGGCCUUUAAUGGUAAGCGAACCAAGACGGCGAGAUCACAGGGGAAAAAGUUUCAGGUUUCUGUCGAGCAAGAAGCAACUAGAUUACUGGGAAAUUUGGGAUGGUCAUUGAUGCAACAAUACAACUACGUUGAAGCUGAGGAUGCAUAUAGGAGGGCACUAGUAAUAGCACCAGACAAUAACAAGAUGUGCAAUCUAGGCAUAUGCUUGAUGAAACAAGGGCGAGUUGACGAGGCAAAAGAUACACUCAGGAGGGUAAAACCGGCAUUGUCUGCUGGCCCGAGAGGUGUGGAUUCACACCUCAAGGCCUACGAAAGAGCACAGCAAAUGCUCCAGGACCUCAAAUCUGAGCUAAUGAACAAAAGUGGGGUCACUAGGCUCGAACAAAGCAAGCUUUUCGAUGCAUUUUUGGGCUCUUCCGCAAUUUGGCAGCCUCAGCCUUGCAAAGAACAGAACAACAACAUACCCAGUGUGAUCCCACAAGUGGGGUCCCACAACAGAUUUGCUGAUGAGAACAUGAAUGCUAACAUCAUUGCAACAAACCAUAUGGUGGUCCCUGCAAAGAGUACGAUGAAACCAAUCGUUUCACAUGAAAACUUACUAAACAUCCGGGCCCCAGCAUUUUACUCAUCGAAGAUUGUAAACGAACCAACGAGUACCCUUUUGCCCGAAAAUCUUAAGAGGACAAGGUCGAUUACAGAGGAGAAAACAGAAGAUAAUAAAUGGACAGAGUUGUUGCCAGACAGUAAGGAUUUUGAGCAAGCAAUAAUUGCUGCUGCACUGAAUUCAGAAGGAAGCAAAGAUAAUGCUGGAAUACUUCUUACAAGGAAAGUUGACAAAAGAUUGAAAGUAUUUCAAGAUAUUACAUUGUCUUUGAGUCCAAGAGCCUGACUAUUAUAACACUACUAGUGUUGACUACAUUAAUCUAAUUUGAAAAUUUUAAGUUAUGAUAAUUCUUAGGUUGGAGAGAAACUUGUUCUCCCUCUACUAGUACUCAUCUUCAAGAAGGGAUGCAGAUUGCCAAGAAUGUAUCACCUGUGAACAAAUUCUUGUUCAAAGAAAUAAUAACAUUUACAUUUAUUAUGAGCAGAUAAA